AUAUUGUGAUCCUCGAAAUAGUGAACAGUUUCGCGAGUUUGAUUGCGGAUUGUUGUGGGAUUUUUUUUUGAUCGGUGCCGCAGUUGUAUUUCGGUUCCGUUGUGCUUUUCAUGUAAUUUACGUUUUGUGCGAUAAUCCUCAAUUAAAUAUUGUCUGUGUAGUGUCGGAAACAUUUGAACCAUGUCGAUUCUGUUGGCGGAUAUCGAUGCAACCUGUUCGUCCCUCGGGUGGGACGAUGGGUGCAAGUAUCAUAUGGAACCAGAUGCGAUUAUGGGACUGAAGCAUCUAAUCUGGAUUCUGAAGCGGGACAGUGACGAUCACGAGUACCGGCGGUACAUUGGUCAGAAGAAAGUAAUGCAAACCGAUCUGAUACCGAUGCUGACGAGUAAUUUCGAUAAUCCAGACGUGGCCGAUGUUUUGCUACGAUUAAUCGUGAACCUGACCUACCCAACUCUGUUGCUUUAUCAGGGUCAUCAGCCGAAAGAUGCUGUUGGCCGGCGACACUUUUUACAUCUUGUGGAAAUACUUCAAGGUUACAAAGAAGCGUUCGGUGUGCAGCAAGCUUGGGCUGCCCUAGGGGAUCGACUUCAGAAGGUUCUGCAAGUGGACUGGGCCGAACGAAUGGAAGAACAAGAGCUAAUCAUCGAGCGAUUACUCACACUUACUCGUAACGUGCUUCAUGUUCCGUCCAACAUUGAUUUGGAAAAGCGAUUCGAUAAUGAUGCAAGUUUGCACGAUCAGGUUCUAUGGGCGUUGCAACAGGCGGGUGUACUAGAUCUGAUUUUGUACAUUCUGGGCUCCGACCACGAGCAUCAGUAUCAUCUGCAUGCUCUUGAAAUAAUCUGUCUCAUUUAUCGAGAGCAAUCGGCAACUAGCCUGGCAGAUGCAUCGUUACAACGAAGUGCCUCCGAAAAGCACCGCGAUGAAUUGGAACUCAUAACGGCUAGAAAACGGGAGAAAGCUAAGCAGUUGAGUCGCGUUCCAGCUGCUCGUCAUUCGCGAUUCGGCGGUACCUAUGUGAUGCAGAAUGUGAAAUCGAUUUCGGACAAUGAUCUAAUCUGUCAUCAGUCUCUGCAAAAGGCCCUGCAAAUGGAAUUCGAUACAGACAAACAAAGGGUGAAGAAAAACUUUCGCAAUGUACAAGAAACGGGAACUGUAGAAAGGCAAAGUGCUUUUUCGGUGCGGUUGUUUUUGCGUGAAUAUUGUAUCGAAGUUUUGCGGUCGUCCUACAACAAUUUAGUUCGGCAAGUUCGCAAAAUUUUAGAGCGGCAUACUCAUGGCCAGGAAAUCAGUGGAGGUCACGAUGAUUCGUAUUUGCUGUGGGCAAUUCGUUUCUUCAUGGAGUUUAAUAGAGCGAGCGGAUUCAAGUUGGAAUUGGUGAGCGAGUCACUGAGUGUGCAGUGCUUCCAUUGGAUCAUAACCCGCAUAGAGCACUUCGUUGACAUGAUGGUUUCGGAUAAGACCCGUGCUCGCCUCUGGGCCCGGCGCCUGCACGUAGCUGUACAGGCUUACCGUGAAAUGCUGCAAAGUCUGCAAGCUCUGCAAAAGCUGCAGGACGAGAAAGCCAAGGAUCUAUUUCUGAUGGUGCAGAAUAAUGUUUUCUAUGUGCUGGAAUAUCGCGAGGUGAUUCUGCAUUUGCUGAUCAACUACAAGGAGACCAACAGCACCAGAGCUUACUUACGUGACGUGGUCGAGACGGCUCACAUGUUUUUCAAGAUGCUGGAAAAGUAUUGCCAAGGGACGGUGCGUGUUCAGAGUAAGAAACGCGCCAAGCCAAAGCGUAACAAAAAACGACAGGACAAUGCUGCUUCACGAAAGGCGCUUGAUGCGGAGAGUUUGGAAGAGCUGUGGCUAACAAUGGCUGGUGAAGUUUCGACAUGUCUAGCUAAUCAGAUUACGCUUCCAGAGGAAGAUCAUCCUAUUCCUUUCGACGGGGCUUCAGACGUUCCCAUCGAUGAUCAGAAAGGAGACUGUAUGAUAAGGAUUCAUUCCUUGCUACGUGACGGAAAAUAUGAACAUGCAAUUAUUUUAAUGCGAUCCGCCAGGGAAGUUUGGCCCGAGGAUGAUUGUUUUGGAUCGUUGGCAUCCGCACCGGAAGAUGAAUUAAUGCUGCUGAAGGAGAUUUUCUUGGCAAAUCUUCCACGGGUUCCAGAAAAACACAAUUCUGUGGAUAAUGAAUUCAUUGAUGAAAAUGAAGCUGAUGACUACGAUGACGAAGAAGAAGAAGAAGAUAACCAGAUGACAGAAAUUGAUUUUCGUUUCGAAGAUUUCACUAGAAGACUGCUGAAUCCAAAGGUGGUGCACGCUUGUACGUUGGUGCUCAGCGAAUGGGAGCAAAUUCCGACAACAUCACUCAAGGCUGCCGUUACCAUUCUUCAUCGCAUCGCUGUGGGAUGUAAAAUGCCGGCAUUGUUGUUCCAGGCGUCAUUGUUCCGUAUAUUCCAACGUGUAUUUCACGCCCCCAAAGAUGCUCAUCAGGAGGAGCUCCGACGAUUCGGUGUUUAUAUCGUUCGCCAGUUUACCGCGCUGGCACCGAAUAAUCCGAAAAUCUACGCUGAACUGCUGUUCUACAAAUCGAUUAAGGAAGCGAACGGAAUCGAAAUGGGAUACGAGGAUAUAUACGGGAAUAACAUCGGCAACGGUGGAGGUGUUAAAGGUGUGUGGAACGAAGAGCAAGAGGAAGAGCUACGGCGACUGUUCAUGGAAAAUCAAGAAAAUCCCGAAAGCGAUCAAGACGUUAUCGACUGGAUACUGGAUAAUUUGAUUGAUAAAACGCGUACCCGGCGGGGUAUAAUCAAGAAACUCAAGGAGCUCGGAUUGAUUUUUAAGGCUCCGACCAAAAAGAGCAAUGCUGCUGCUAAGAAUAGGAAUCUGUGGACAUCCGACCAAGAUGAAAAGCUGAAACAAUUAUAUGACGAACACCGUUUGAACGAGAACGUAUUAGCUAUCAUCACUGGAGAAUUCGACGGAACACGCUCGAAACAGUCCAUCGUUAAACGUAUGAUUUCGCUGGGAUUGAUAGCGGACAAAUCUGAGGUGAAACCACCGAAAAAAUCUCGUGCGAAGAAAGCCCCGGGCGAGAGAGGAGAUCCUAUGAGCAGUGACGAUUUAACAUCCGAUUCCGAUGAGGACGACUACCAAAAUCGCCCCACAAAACCCUCAAAGCACACCAGAACGAAUCAAGCUUCUAACAAUAAAGCUAGACGUAACCAAUCAUCAACAUCAACGCUGAACUUCAAACGAUUGCGAACAAUUUUGUCGGAAAUUGAAGAAUCUAUGAAGGAAGCCAUUGAAUGGUUAACUGAGUCGUUUGCUGAGGCAAGCGAAGACUACGAAGAAGACUCUGAAGAUCCCGAUGAUGGUGUACCACUGGUUCCAAUUUUGCCAUUACAACGACAAUCCCUUGAGCACCCACAGUUCAAGGAACUGCUCAAAGAAUUAGGAAUCGAUGCACCAACCGAAACUGAAGCUUACUGGCGCAUUCCGGUAGGCAUGAAACCUGAAGAUUUACAACUGCGCGUCGGAAUCCUGAAAGGUGAGCAUCUAUCAGCCGAAGAAAAUCCAGCGGAAGAAGAAGCGUCAGAACCUUUGGCGGUGGAAAAUGUUUCUCAUCCCUUCGAGGACGAAGACGAACCGGAAGUGUCGGAAGACAUUUUUAGUACAUGGCGAAACAAAGCGAAUGUCCUGUACAGUAAGAGUGAUGACGAAAGUGAUGUUCGAGAACCUCUUAAACGUAAGUCGGCCAAAGAAAACAUGAAACCCGCUUCGAAAACUGUAGCACGGACGACAAAGAAAAAGAGAAACAAUCAAUUCGAUCUAAACGAUUUGGCUAAACAGAGCGAUGAAAUGGAGCCGGACGAAAGACUUAGUGAUGACGAACUAGAAAACCUAACCGAUUUUCCUCGUCAUCGUUCUCUGAUAGUAACAAGCGAUGAGGAUGAAACCAGCAAAGAACAAGCACCGACAACUUCUCGUAAGAAGAAGUCAAAAAUCAUUAUAAACUCAGACUCUGAGCCGGAAUCGGACAGCGAACAGGUCCGUCUUGUAGUUUCGGAUGAUGAAGGCGGGGAGGAACGGAUUUAUGACGGAGCGAGUGAGCUCACCGCAGGGGUCAAACGUGGAAGAUCAGUAACUUCAGAUCUGUCGGACGCAGAGGAAGAAGGCGUGACGAAAAGGACCAAAAAUCAUCGCCGAGCUGUUAUCAGUGACGAUGAUGAGGACUGAUAUGAGUCGACACAAGAUACCAUGAUAC